AUCAUUUUAACUGAUAAAUACGAAUGCCAGAACCCCAUUUUUAUAAAGCUAGUUUGGGUGAUUUAGUAAUUAACGUGUUCUGGGGUCCCACUCAUACCAUAUAAGCUAGGUCGCCGUGCUCAUAUGUUUGGGAGGGAGUUGACAGAUCUGGGACGAGUCGAGCGGCCACCAGCGAGGAAAGAAAGAGUGGGUGGGGGAGAAGGUGGAACACUUGAAGGAGGGGAACAAUCGGCCGGUUAUGCGGAUUUGCCCAUGGAUCGAGUAGGAGAGGAACGAAGAGGAACAGACGACAGAUGAAAUGGCGGAAAGGAAGAUCUGGUGUCCAAUCGGGCCGGUUUCGAUGAGACCGUCCGGUUGUGUGCGCAAAGGAAAGAAUUGAGGGAGGUGGGAGGUGUACGUGGUUGAGCAGCGGGGGAGUCCUUUACCCCCUGUCCGCUGAUAUCAAGUCUGCAGCCUUGUGCUGCGUUGUUGCCGCCACCGUUGCGUUUUAGCUCCGAGAAUAUCUUUCUCUUUCAGAUAUCCUUUGUUUAAUUUUUCAUUAGAUUCAUGUCUUUAUGUCUCCUUUUUGUAAAUCAUUUUGGUAGAUUAAUUUUUAGUCAGUCUGAUUCGGAUCUGACCUUUAAUUUAGUGUACUUGAUGUUAGAGUCCUAAAAGGGGGGAGUUAAGGGAGUCAGGGGGUUACAGGGAGAGGAAAUGAAGUCUCCCUGGAUUUUGAGUCAGGUGCCUACCUAUUUAAAAGCAGAUACCUUCUUUUUGGCAUAUUCCAGAUGUUGAAGUUUAACACAAAACUUUCUGGCACGACUCUGUUUCUUUUUCUGAAUUUAGCCCUUUUAAUUUCUUCAUUAAUUUUUUUUCCCCUCAGAUUCUUUGGUUGGUUCUAAUGUUAUUUGCAAACCUCAUCUUUUGCUUGACUGUAUAUUUUGAUUGUACGUUAUUCUUCUCUAUGUUGUUCACUUUGGUUAUCGUGUUUACCUGAACAAAGGAAUGGGUUUGCUCUACUUUGGUUCUAUUUUAGUGCUAAAAGUUCAGUUUUCUCAAAAGUGAUUUUUAUUUCUUUAUUUUGUUUCUUUAUUUAUUUAUUUAUUUAAAUCUUGAUCAAGACUGAGCCUUUCGGGUUGAAAUGUCUCCUUAUGGAUCAAUUGAGGAUCUGAAAAGGGUUCUUUUCAUUGCUCUGUUGGGUGAGAUUAUAUUUCAAUUAUUUUUUCUCUGUCCUAGACAUCAUAUGGAUUGAUGCGACUGUCAUCCUAUAGUGACAGAAUUCCUUGAAGAGGAGUUUGAGGCGAAGAUUUCAUACUU